AUGUCACAAGAAUCUACCAAAAAAUACAAUAUCGAUCAUUUAAUUUCAAAAAGAGCAAUUAAUAGGCAAUUCAUUCAUUUCAAUUCUGAUAAUUCCAAACGUGCCCCAGAAGGAUUUCUUCCCCAUCCCAGGCCCUUAGGUCUCGCAUAUGGAAGACCAAACCCUCAAUAUUAUCCUAUAAAGAAGAUUACAAUUGCUUUAGAUGAAUAUCCGUUUCAAGAUUCAUUGUUUAGUACAAAAAAACAUGAUGAAGUCUCUUUUGACGUUUUGAGAGUUGCCGAUGAAACCGGUUCUAUUGGACUAAAUGAGGCGUUCCAAUAUGGUGAUCUAAAUGGCCUUCCAGCUUUUGCAAAGUUUGUUAAGCAAUUUGUAGAGCAGAUCCAUCGGCCGUCUUAUGACAAUUGGCUCACUAUAGGGACUAGCGGUGCUAGUGAUGGUAUGAAUAAGGCAGCUGAUGCAAUCAUCGAUUCUGGGGAUAUAGUUUUACUAGAAGAAUUCACUUUUACUCCGUUUGUUAAUAGCGUUCUCAAUGCAGGAGGAAUUAUAGUUCCUACUAAGCUUAACUUGAGCAGCACAGAUGCGAAAUUUGAUGUCGCCUACUUAAGUAACCUAUUAAACAACUGGGAUAAUUUGAAGCCGGAACAUAAGAAAAACAAACCAAAAGCAUUAUACAUUAUACCUACUUGCCAAAAUCCAACAGGCAUAACACAUUCAAUUGAGCAGAGAAAGAAAAUAUACGAAUUGGCAUCAGUUCAUGACUUUGUUAUUAUAGAAGAUGAUCCGUAUGGGUAUUUAGCAUUGCCUCCUUUUUCCAAACCGAACAUUCUAGAAAUACAAAGGGAAAAUAUAUCCGUUGACGAAUUCCUUAACAAUCAAUUGAUUCCUUCCUAUUUGCGUUUCGAUACCGAAGGUAGAGUAAUUCGUUUAGAAACAUUCUCAAAGGUAUUUUCUCCCGGCUUGCGGUUAGGUUUUAUAGUAGCCCAUGAAAAUAUUAUUAAAGUAAUUAAAAGAAAUGCUGCAAUCGGAACCAGGUCUCCAUCAGGACCUUCCCAAUUGAUAUUGAUGAACGUUAUAAACCAAAAAUUAGGGGGAUUACAAGGAUGGUUAGAAUGGAUUUUAAAAGUGAGACUAGCGUAUGUCCAUAGGAGAAAUGUUCUUAUAAACUCAUUGACAGAACUGAGGGCUUAUCAAAAUGGCUAUUUUGGAAUUUUAAGUUCUGAAGCUGGAAUGUUUGCCUCUAUAAUUAUCAACUUUCCACAAGGGAUUAACAAAAUCGAUAAACUAGAGUUGCUUAAUUACAAAUUACUUCAGCAUGGGGUUACAGUUGUUCUUGGCAACAAACUAGCGGUUGAUGUAGAAUUUAGUAAAGAAAGUGCUAAUUUUCUUAGAUUAUCUUAUGCAGAACUAGAUAAUGAUGCCGAAUUGGAAGAAGCAGGGAAGAGACUUACAACAGCAAUAGAAGAAUUUUUUAGAAAGGAUUUCAACUAUUAA